UAAGCGAUCACGGCAUCCACCGCACGAGCGCACAAAAACUAAAUAAAUAAAAAAGUGUGUUGUGUGUCACAGACACAGUUUCGCCGCCGGGACAAAUCUGUGCAAUCGGCGUUUGCCACCUGCCUGCCAUUGUCGACCGUCGCAAACAAUGCAAUGAUAUAUGUAUUCAUUCAUUCAUUAUUGUUAUUAUUUUGUAAUGGCGUAGCGCACUGACGAAGGAAAGAGAGAGAGAGAGAGAGAAGAGAAGGGAAACAGAUGAUAUCCCAGGUGGAGAGAGAUCUGUCGAUUCAAAAUCGGCUUCCAGCUACACCUUCUCCGCCGCCUUCACCUCGUCUCUGCCGGACCCGCUCUAAAUCCUCCGGGCAACACCAAACUCGGACUACAUUCCCUCACCGUAUCUCAUGGAUCCUUUUAUCUGUUCUUCUCCGUCGUCAGGGAAUUCUCCUGUUCGCUCCUCUCAUCUACGUCUCCUGUAUGUUCUUUCACAUGCGCGUCGCCUCCUUUGAUGCCGCUCCAAUCAUCCACCGCCGUCCCGCUCCGGGAUCCGUUUACAGGAGCCCGCAGGUUUACGCUAGGCUCCGCGCCGAUAUCGACGCCGAUAACACCACGGCCGAUGCGAUAUCAACGAUUUGGAAACGUUCUUAUAAAGGUGUGGAAUGGAAGCCAUGUGUGAACAAGUCUACUGGAGUUUUGCCUGAGUCAAAUGGUUUCAUAUUCAUCGAGGCUAAUGGAGGCUUGAAUCAGCAGCGCACUUCGAUAUGCAAUGCGGUUGCUGUGGCAGGCUACCUAAAUGCGACCCUUGUAAUUCCCAACUUUCACUAUCACAGCAUAUGGAAAGAUCCGAGUAAAUUUGGAGACAUCUAUGAUGAAGAAUACUUUAUCGAUACCUUAGCAAAUUAUGUGCGGGUGGUCGAUACAGUUCCUGAAUACUUAAUGGAGCGUUUUGACUAUAACUUGACAAAUGUCUACAACUUCAGAGUUAAAGCAUGGGCACCCACCUCCUAUUACCGGGACUCAGUCCUGCCAAAGCUGCUUGAAGAGAAGGUUAUAAGAAUUUCCCCAUUUGCGAAUAGACUUUCGUUUGAUGCUCCUCGAGCUAUCCAGAGAUUUAGAUGUUUGGCAAAUAAUAUAGCCUUGCGAUUUUCGAAACCUAUACUGACCCAAGGAGAAACACUGGUGAAGAAAAUGAAGGAGCUUAGUGCAAACAAUGCUGGCAAGUAUGUUUCUGUGCAUCUUCGUUUUGAAGAGGAUAUGGUAGCUUUCUCUUGUUGUGUAUUUGAUGGUGGUAACCAAGAAAAACAAGACAUGAUUGCGGCGAGAGAAAGGGGAUGGAAAGGGAAGUUCACAAAACCAGGUCGUGUGAUACGACCAGGAGCAAACAGGCUCAAUGGAAAAUGCCCUUUAACUCCUUUAGAGGUGGGUUUGAUGCUGAGAGGAAUGGGGUUCAACAAAAGCACAUAUAUAUACCUUGCAGCUGGCCCAAUAUAUAGCGCGAGUAGAACUAUGGCUCCACUACUCGAGAUGUUCCCUAAUCUACAGACGAAGGAGAUGCUUGCGUCUGAGGAAGAAGUGGCCCCUUUUAAGAACUUCUCCUCGAGAAUGGCUGCGCUAGAUUACACGGUGUGUCUCCACAGUGAAGUAUUUGUGACAACUCAAGGUGGAAACUUCCCUCAUUUCCUCAUGGGACAUCGGAGGUAUUUGUUCGGAGGGCAUUCGAAGACGAUUCGGCCAGACAAGCGAAAGUUAGCCGUACUCUUUGACAAUCCAAAGUUGGGAUGGAGAAGUUUUAAACGGCAAAUGCUAAGCAUGAGGUCCCAUAGUGACUCCAAGGGGUUUGAGUUGAAACGACCUAGUGACUCUAUUUACAUAUUCCCUUGCCCUGACUGUAUGUGCCGGAAGAACAAAACAACAGCAUCAGCCACCUGACACAUUCUUUCACUGGAAAAUUCUGGUGCAUUCCUUCUUUUAUUUACACAAUUCUUUCAAUUCUUUGGUCACAUCCGCAUCCAAACAGCGAGAGAGAGAGAGAGGACUAGUCUGCGCAUGCAGGGACUUCGCAACUUCUCCCUUGGGGGAGAUUUUUUGACACAUUGAAGCUGAUGUAUCUAACACGAUGAACUGUGAUUAGCUCCCACCAAGAUCCAACCUUUUGUUUCUGGGAGAAGAGGAUAGCAUUUUGAUGUUUUGCAGAGCGUUUGCGUUUUUGUA